AUGCGCUUUUCCAUAAUUCUCUCUGCCUGUAUCGCAUUGGCGGGAGUGAACGCUGCACCAGCUGGCUGGUCUCCGGGUUCUGCCAAAUGGCUCACUGAAAUUGGCGACUAUAUUUCCAAACACGCCAACCAAGGCUUCCCGCGUCAGCCUAAUUGUGACCUCUCCAAAGCUGUGCUCCCAAGCAAUCCACAGCUAUCGGAAGUUCCCCCAGACCAGAAGCUGCUUGCGGUUGCAGUGGGACGUGGUACUCAAAAUUAUACCUGCGCUGGCUUAUCCCCAGACCAAGCACCAAAAGCUACUGGCGCAGUUGCCACGUUGUUUGACGCCUCAUGCAUUGCAUCCAACUACCCUUACCUACUCUCGCUUCUCCCCAACGUUGCCCUCGAACUCACCAACCCGUCUCCAUUCACCAACGCUCGUGGCCCAGUAGACCUAAUGGUGAUGGGUCACCACUACUUCAACGGUGAAGGCGUGCCAACAUUUGACCUGCCAAAGCUCGGUAUAUGUGGUGUUAAGAAGGUCGACUCCAAGGAUGCACCACCCAACGCUAUGAAGGGUGUCAAGGAUGAGCAAGAAGGCGCUGUUAGCUGGUUGAUGCUUGAAUCGACUCCUUCUAGCAAAGGGCAGGCAAAGAGGGUAUAUCGUGUGAACACUGCUGGAGGCAAAGCACCACCAACCUGUGCUGGACUGCCAGAACAGAUCCAGAUCCAAUAUUCCGCCGAGUACUGGUUUUAUGGAUGA